GUCUUUUGUCUCGUGCUAACAUUUCAAAUGUAUAAGUGGAAGUGAGUAAGAUAGGACCGAAUCAAACCCCACAUAAAUUUUGUGGUCAGAAAUCAGAAUAACACACAGCAACUCUUUCUGUCUCUCUCUUCCUGCAAAGUGAAUUAGGCAACAAUGGCAUCUUCUUCCUUAUCACCCCCUAGCUUCCAAGGUGUCUUCCUUAACAAAUCACAAUUUCUGGGCCAAAAUCACAUCAAAUUAUUAACUCAAAGAUCAAUCUCGACUUCUUGUCCUAAAACAACCUCAAGUAAACCAGCAAUCACUGCUAAAUUUGAUCUCUAUGGAAUCUUGGGAGGCAGAGGUUUAUGCAACGGCGAGGCAGGCCUCGAAAAAGAGCUGAAAAGAGACACUCAAAAUCCGCCACAAAAAACCGAGAGUAAUGAAGAGGAAUCGGAUAAAAAAGCAUUUGCAGACUCAAGCAUUGAUGAGGUUAUACCAGAAAAUGCAUUUGAGAAGGAGCUCUCAGGCCUAACUGGUGGAUUUCCUGGAGGCGAAAAAGGUCUCCAGAAAUUCAUUGAGAAAAACCCACCUCCUCCUAAGAUAGAAAACAAAGGAGGUGAAGACAUGAAGAUGGUUUUAACCUCCAAGAAGCCGAAACCACCUGAGCUGCCAUUGUUGUUGCCCGGAAUGAUCGCCCUUGUUAAGAAUCGAAACAAUCCAUACUAUAUGUACUGUGGUAUUGUGCAGAGGAUUACUGAUGGCAAGGCUGGAGUGCUGUUUGAAGGAGGGAAUUGGGAUAGACUGAUUACAUUCAGGCUUGAGGAGCUCGAAAGGAGAGAGAAGGGCCCACCAAUGACAAAUCCCAAGUCUGUUGUGCUUGAGCCUAUGAUUGAAAUGCUUGAAAAGCAGGCAUCAGAAGCAGAAAGUAGUGAGAUAACUCAGUAAGCUUCCAAUGACCAAUCUUUAGUCUUGUUUGUAUUGUACAGAUCAAAAGCUGCAACUUCUCUUCUAUUCACCCAUAAAUAAAAACCCAAGUGAAGGAUCUUUCAAAAAAAAAAAAAACCCAAGUGAAGGAUUGUUCUACAUUCCCAACUUCUCAUAUUUCCUGUAAUUAUAUAUAUAUUGCAUCCACAUUAUCCUAUUAAUCUAUCAUAAGUUUCGAGUUAA